AUGGCAAAGGUAAUUCUCCCCAGCGGAGAAAUAAGAAAUUUCGUAGAUGUGGUAACUGCAGCGGAGCUAAUGGUUGAAUCUCCCAAUUUCUUCUUGGUGAAUGGUCGUUCGUUAACCAUCGGUGGGAGGUUCGAACCGCUGGGUGCCGACGAGGAAUUAGAGUUGGGAAACAUUUACGCUAUGUACCCCAUGAAGAGAAGACGGUCUAGGGUCACGGCGGCGGAUUUGACCAUCUUAUUUGUGGGUGCUGCUGCUGCUGAUCAGAGGAGGCGGAGGAUCAUGAUAUCUAGUGAUGGAGAUGAAGGAGGGAGGAGGAGAAGGUUGAGCUUGGAUGGAGGAGUUGAUCGUGCUUUUCGGUCGAUAGAGUCCGGCGAGGAGCGGCAAAGGAGGAGAAGGUUGAGCUUGGACGGUGGAGGAGGAGUAUAUGGUUUGGAGAACAAGUUCAAAUGUGGUAGAUCAACUCGGCCAAUGUUGGAUACAAUUAAGGAAUAA